AUGACCAUGAGUUCGUUUUUGAUAAACUCCAACUACAUCGAGCCCAAAUUCCCGCCCUGCGAGGAGUAUUCGCAGCACAGCAGCGCCAGCAGCAGCAGCAGCACCUACCACCACCACCACCACCAGCCGCACCUGCAUCAGCACCCAGCGCACCCGGGCCAGUCUCUCCCCGACUACUACCAGCGGCCCAGCAGAGACCCUGGAUACCAGCCACCACCGCCACCUCCUCCUCCUCCUCCUCCGGAGGCGCUCUACCCCGCGCAGCCACCCGGCUACUCCGAGGCGCCCUACAGCUACAGCAGCACCAGCGCCACCCCGGGCCAGGAGCAGCCACCCCCGGGUGCCUCUCCUCCACCGCCUCCUCCACCGAAGGGGCACCAUGUCCAGUCCCAGCCCCUGCUCCAAAGCCACGUCCUGCAGCACCAGCGACACUGCGAAGCAGCCCCCGCCGCAGGGGCCGGGGCCGGGGCCAGCCCAGGGUGCCCCCUCCUGCCUGACAAGAGCCUGCCUGGCCUCAAAGGCAAAGAGCCCGUGGUCUACCCCUGGAUGAAGAAGAUCCAUGUGAGCACUGUCAAUCCCAAUUACACUGGAGGGGAACCCAAGAGGUCUCGAACUGCCUACACCAGACAACAAGUCUUAGAGCUGGAGAAGGAGUUCCAUUUUAACCGUUACCUGACCAGGAGGCGACGCAUUGAGAUAGCACAUACACUUUGUCUCUCGGAGCGCCAGGUCAAGAUUUGGUUUCAGAACAGGAGGAUGAAAUGGAAGAAAGAUCACAAACUGCCUAACACUAAGAUGCGCUCCUCAAAUCCAUCUACUGCUAGUCAGCAAGCCAAAGCACAGACACAGGGCCACCAUCAUCAACUCGAUGGGUCAACACCCAACUCAUCAGCCCUAUAA